CACAAGUUGAUUCGCUCUGUCAUCUUAAAACGUGGAGCUGGAUGUGUAGUUUUGGACAAAACCUAUUCCAAAGGUGAUGACCAACACGGCGCAACUUCCAAACUUUCCUGACUACAGCCAGGUUUUACACGAUUUCUUCCUCUCGUCGAGGAGCUACACUCAGCCCGGAGUGUUUGAGCGCCGCCACACUGCCCUCUGCCGACUCAUUCCAGAAAGAUGAACCAUCAGAUAUGCACACAUUACAACUACACGGGUAAACUGGAUAACCGCAAGGAAAAGUUAAAUGGGCAAACUGAUCCAAAAACGAUCGCCUUUCUUAUUUUCUGUUGCGUAAUUGUCUUUGAAAAUGUUGUUGUUCUGGUGGCAAUAUGGAAAAAUCAUAAAUUCCACAACCGAAUGUAUUUCUUCAUCGGGAACCUAGCCUUGUGUGACCUUUUGGCGAGUGGAACGUACAUAGUAAACUUGUUAAUGUCUGGGGAGAAAACGUUUUACCUCUCACCAGUACUGUGGUUCUUGCGGGAAGGGAGCAUGUUUGUGGCGCUGGCCGCUUCCAUUUUCAGCCUUCUAGCAAUUGCAAUUGAGAGACACCUAACAAUGAUAAAGAUGAGACCAUAUGAUGCCAAGAAAAACUACAGAGUUGUCUUACUUAUAGGCACUUGCUGGCUGAUUGCUGUUUUACUGGGAGCUUUACCCAUCCUCGGUUGGAACUGUCUUGGUAACCUUCCCGACUGUUCUACUAUCCUGCCUCUCUACUCAAAGACGUAUGUGGCCUUUUGCAUCACUAUCUUCAUGGUCCUGUUGCUUGCGAUGUCAGUGCUGUAUGUUCGCAUCUACACACUGGUCAAGUCUAGCAGUCGUAAAGUUACAAAGCAUAGCAACUCGGAGAGAUCAAUUGCACUUCUGCGUACCGUUAUCAUCGUGGUCGGGGUCUUCAUCGUCUGCUGGACUCCUAUCUUUAUUCUAUUGCUGAUAGACGUGGCGUGUGAGCAUCGCCGUUGUUCCGUGCUGCUCAAGGCCGACUGGUUCAUCGCCGUGGCUGUGCUCAACUCUGCCAUGAACCCCGUGAUAUACACCCUAGCGAGCAGAGAAAUGCGCCGCGCGUUUUUCUGUCUAAUGUGCGGCUGUCUCACCAAAUGCAAUUCUUCCACCACCAAACCUGUAUUGGAGCCCAGCCGGAGCAAGUCCAGCAGCAGCCACAGGCCAAAUGACCAGGACAAGCUGGAGGUCACGGAGCGACAGGGCCCUACGUCCAAGAAGCAGCUUCCGUUGGAAAGGGCUGCUGAGUGGCUAGCGAGUUGAGAUCAUUAUACCUCAUUAUCUAGCUUGGAGAAUGUCACAAACAUUGCACAUGCGUUUUAAGACUGCAUCUAGUCUUAGUUAUCAGGUAAUGCCACGACUGAGGGUCUUGCACAAAAUGACUGUUGUCUGUGUUAUUUUUUGCAUUUGACAAGAGCCUUUGACUCCUAGAUAGUAGAUAUAACUAUCGGUAUACAAAUGUAUGGUUAUAGCCCAAUGUAGCAUGGGCCUCUUCCACUAUUUAAGCAUGCGUAAUAUAGGCCUAUAUCCCUAUGUCUAUUGGAUAGAAUUCAUUUCAACCAUUCAAUCAAAAUGUAUACUAAUUCUGGCUCUCAAAUCAUGGCUCUAUUGUAGUUGUUAGUCUUGAUGUUGUGACACCAUGUGUGAAGGGCAAUGCGAGAGUGAUGACAGCAAACCAAAGUUCACAUUCACAGUUUUAUUGCCAACAGUCAUACAGAAAGAUGAUAACUCAUACAACUGAAA